CAGGGAAGCAGCCUCGCGCGGACGUUGUGGCGUACCCACGCAGCGAUGCGACCAGCCGCCGUAUCGUGACGUCGUCCCACGUCCCUCCCUAACUCUCCGCUACCCCCACAGCUUGAGAAGGUGAGAAACUUUCCAAGAAAAAUUUGAAGGCGGCGAUUUGGAGGACCCUAUUGUUGAUGUUCAGGUUAAUGCAUCUGCCUGCUGUAGUGAAUCUGUUUUAUUUACUUUUGUUUCUUCGUCCGUGUUAUAUGGUUUUCAGCCAAUAAGGAUUACUGACAGAACUUUCUGCGAUUUAUUCAGUUUUAUGCUUUAAUUUGCGUCACGUCUUCAGGAGAAUGAGUACUUGAAAGUGCAUGCCCGGAGGAACUAAGGUUUGAGGUCAAGGUGACCAGGCCCGACCAACCCUGAAGCAUGUGAUCUCAAGCGCCUAAGAAUCCCACGUCUACUCAUUCUGUGUGGUCGUGGCUCAAACUCCUAGCGACAUGCCCGAGACUCAUUCAUGUAUCACGUCUCAAAAAGUCCUCACCAAGUUCACCACAACUGUUUCUCUCAUCGCUAUGCUGUUCCCGGCGGCGAUGGCCUUAGCUACGAAACACCUCCACCCGCCCAUGACGGCACGACUACAGGAAGAUCCCCUAUCUCUACAGUCGCCGUCAGCCCUCCGGUCGACUGUAUCGGGGACAGAGAACGCUAGUUCCCUCGAUCAUACCUAUGAAGUCCAGGUGGUGGUGGAAAGAGAAUUCAGCGCCAAAUCUGGACGAGAGGACGAAAUAAAUGCUCUGAAUACGGCGGCCGCUGUAGCGGCUACCGCUGCUAGUACCACAACUCCUAUUAACAACAAUAGUUACAGCCACUGCAUCAAUUUGACUCUGUCAGAAAUCCAGACAAACUACACAGAGUGCCUACAUCCGCUGCCAAAAGAGCUCUAUUUCACAGACGACAACGCUGUAUCUGUGGCAGCCUACAGUUGUUUAUUUGUGGUGGCUGCUGUCGGUAACUUGACAGUAUUCAUAACCUUGUUCCGGAACCGUGGGGUUAAGUCACGUAUUAAUAUGUUUAUUAUGCAUCUCGCUAUCGCAGACCUUAUAGUGACAUUCAUGAUGCUGCCUCUAGAGAUUGCCUGGCAUUCCACUGUGGCAUGGAAGGCUGGAGACGCUGUGUGUCGUCUGCUCAUGUUUUUUCGCGCUAUGGGUUUCUACCUCAGCUCCUGCAUACUCGUGUCAAUCAGCCUGGACCGUUAUUUCGCUAUAAUGAAGCCUUUAUCGAUAUCAGACGCCGGAAACAGGUCCAAGAUGAUGCUCACUAUUUCCUGGUUCUUGUCCAUCGUUGCUAGCAUUCCUCAGAGUAUAAUAUUCCAUGUGGAAAGACACCCCAAGUACAAGUGGUUUGAGCAGUGUGUCACCUUCAACUUCUUCCCCACUCCAGAGCACGAGCUGGCCUAUAAUCUCUUCAGCAUUAUCGCCCUUUACGGACUGCCGCUCGUCAUCAUUACGUCAUCGUAUUGUGUCAUCUUAGUCCGCAUCUCCAAAAAGUCCAGGCAGAGCAAAGACGAGAUGCGAAUCAGCGGCUAUGACGGCACCCCCGCCGAGCAAGGGGGUCUUCGUCGAUCUGGGAUAGGCAACAUCGAGAGGGCAAGGUCCCGGACUCUCAAGAUGACUCUGGUUAUUGGACGUCGGCAGUGAAAAUUGACGGCAAAGUCCAGAGAGGUCUUUUCUUGUUCGCUGUUUCCAAUUCCUGCAUCAACCCUAUUGUUUAUGGAAUGUUCACGAUCAAGUUCAAGAGAGAGCUGAUCCGCUGUUGCUACUGUCUGCAUGGCCACCUCCGACGGCGCCGCACAGACUUGGACAGUAAUGGCAUCCGCCGCUCUCUGCUCAUACCUCUCAAGAGAAACUCCGAGUCCUCCACAUCCUCGAUGAGAAAUACAGACCGGAUGGGACGUGCCGGUUUGGGAGGAGGCGGGGGAGGAGGAGGAGGAGGAGUAGGUGGUGGAGGAGGGUCUGGAGUGAAUGUAGGAGGAGGCGUUGGAGGGGGAAGCGUUGGAGGAGGCAAUACGUCAGGGGGGCUGGACCCCGGAAGUAGUCUAGGAGUUCAAGGCUGUCGGUAUUCUUUCGUGUCGCCAUUAGCUGAGGUAAAGGGGAGCUCGAGUCGCGGUUCGCUAAGCUCGCUCAGUCGGGAUGACAGAGAGAGGGUUAAUUUUAUUUCAUUAGGAAGGGAAGACAGGGUUAACUAUGUUGCCUUCAGCAUGUUGACCAGCUUAGAGCGAUCGAACACGCCCAAUCCAGUUAAUCGGGAGGACCGAGCUAAUUUAAACAAUUUUGUUAGACUUGGUUCGGGUGAGUGAAGCAGGCAGAAUCCUUUGGUGUGUGAAUAUCGACAAGAGCUCAAGUACUUUGGAAAGCUGGUCUCUUUCACAUAAAUUUGAAUCUCACUUGCCGCACCC